UUUCUCUCAUGUUAGGAUUGUGCGGCAGUUGCCAAAAGGUGGGGACAUUUCCUGAACCUUUGCAACACUGAGAGGCUGUCUUCAGGGAGCACAUUCUGAGCACCGCAACAGGGAAGCAAGGGUCUGGGAGCGGCCCUGCUGAGGGAAACACCAGCUUGCCCUCUCCCUGUCCCCUGGCAGCCCCCCCAAGCCUCCUGGCCUGCGCCUGACCAUGUCCCUGGCUGAGGCCAUCAGCCUCUGGAAUGAAGGGGUGCUGGCAGCUGACAAGAAGGAUUGGAAGGGAGCCCUGGACGCCUUCACUGCAGUGCAGGACCCCCACUCCAGGAUUUGCUUCAACAUCGGCUGCAUGCACACAAUCCUGGAAAACAUGCCCGAGGCGGAGAAGGCCUUCACCAGAAGCAUUAACCGAGACAAGCACUUGGCAGUGGCCUACUUCCAAAGAGGGAUGCUCUAUUACCGGAUAGAGAAAUAUGAUUCAGCUAUCAAAGACCUUAAAGAAGCCUUGACUCAGCUUCGAGGGAAUCAGCUGAUAGACUACAAGAUUCUGGGGCUGCAGUUCAAGCUGUUUGCCUGUGAGGUGUUAUAUAAUGUUGCUUUCAUGUAUGCCAAGAAGGAGGAGUGGAAAAAGGCUGAGGAACAUUUAGCUUUGGCCAUGAGCAUGAAGUCUGAGCCGAGACAUUCUAAAAUUGACAAAGCCAUGGAAUGUGUUUGGAAACAGAAGCUGUAUGAGCCUGUGGUGAUCCCUGUGGGCAGGCUGUUUCGACCAAACGAGAGGCAAGUGGCUCAGCUGGCCAAGAAGGAUUACCUCGGCAAGGCGACAGUGGUGGCAUCUGUGGUGGAUCAAGACAGUUUCUCGGGGUUUGCCCCUCUGCAGCCACAGGCAGCUGAACCUCCACCCAGACCCAAAACCCCAGAGAUCUUCAGGGCUCUGGAAGGGGAAGCCCACCGUGUGCUGUUUGGGUUUGUGCCUGAGACCGCAGAAGAGCUGCAGGUCAUGCCAGGGAACAUCGUUUUUGUCUUGAAGAAGGGCAAUGAUAACUGGGCUACGGUCAUGUUCAACGGACAGAAGGGGCUCGUUCCCUGCAACUACCUUGAACCACUUGAGCUGCGGAUCCAUGCUCAGCAGCAGCCCCAGGAGGAAGCCUCCCCAGAUUCUGAUAUCCCAGCUCCUCCCAGUUCUGAUGCUCCCAGAAGACCCCAGUUGCCACCAGGUCAAAAAGAAAAAGAAGAGUCCAAGGAAGUAAAGCUCAGCAUUCCCAUGCCCUACACGCUCAAGGUGCACUUCAAGUACACGGUGGUCAUGGAGACGCAGCCCGGGCUCCCCUACAGCCAGGUCCGGGACAUGGUGUCUAAGAAACUGGAGCUCCUGCCGGAGCACACUCGGCUGAGCUACCGGCCUCGGGACAGCAAUGAGCUGGUGCCCCUCUCGGAAGAGAACAUGAAGGCUGCCUGGGCCCAGGCGAAAAACUACAGCCUGACUGUGUGGUGUGAGAACACAGUGGGUGACCAAGGCUUUCCCGACGAACCCAAGGAAAGUGAAAAAUCUGAAGCUAAUAACCAGACAACAGAACCUCAGCUUAAGGAAGGAGGCCAAGUGGUAGCACUCUUCAGUUAUGAGGCUACCCAGCCAGAAGACCUGGAGUUUCAGGAAGGGGACAUAAUCCAGGUUAUAUCAAUGGUGAAUGAAGACUGGCUGGAAGGGGAGUGCAAAGGGAAGAUUGGCAUUUUCCCCAAAGCUUUUGUUGAAGAACACGCAACUACGGACAUGGAAAGCUCUCCUAGAGGAGUCUAGGAUGUUCUAUAACCUACAAAGUUGGAGAAAAGGAACUACAGUUUGCAAAGUUUAGCAUGCCUCUGUAGAACACUGAACUGAGACAUUACUGUUUGGAAGUGUUAACUAGUCUACUUUUCCCACUGAAAAUUUAACCUAUUAGACAAUGAUGUGAGAACUUAUCAUGAUGAUAACCCAGGGGUGGGGGGUGGGCUGGGGUAGAGUGGGUAGAAACGUCUGGAAGGGUAUGAGGUGUAUGUGUGUGUGUGGGGGGGGGCUUCUAGGGUGUUCGUAAUGUUUCUUGCUUGGAGUGCUGACUACCCAGAUGUGUUCACUUUGUAAAAGUUCACUGAAUUGUACACUUGCUGUUGGUGCACUUCUGUAUGUGAUACCUCAAUAAAAAAACUUGCAAACACAA